AUGACUCACGGAGCUCCUUACGGCGUUGGCUGUUUCUGUAGAACUCACGCGCGCGUCCAGUUUCCAGGAUCAUCGCGCAAACCGUCCAUUUCACAUCUCUUUCCGCCCGAGUACUCGGAAGAUCAGCAACCUGUCAGUGAUGCAAGUUUAGAGUUUCUGCUGUCCUCAGAUCUGUCGGAGCUCACCCAGCAGUUAGAAAUUCAAUCUCAAAGCCCACGCGAGGAGGAUGUUGCUGCCGAAAUAGCCAAGCAGCGUGAAUGGUAUUUGAAUCUUCCAACUCCAACUCCACACGAGAUCAGUCUCCCCACUAACUCGCGAUGA